AGGCUAUUCGAAGGAGCGCGUUUCGGUGAAGUUCACGCACUUCAAUCUCUAUGUUCCGGACAACAAGAACAUUACAAACAGGUGUACCGACGUCGAUCACCUGACAGCGGACGUACGCGUGGGAGCGCGUUUGUCGCGAAUAAACGAGUGGUGCGGAGAUCGGACACCACCACAGUUGAUGAGCAACACCAAUCUGUUGCAGCUGGAGUACAUUACUAAGGAACAAGAAAAUGUUGCAGGAUGUCGGUUCGUAUUCAACUCUUCGGUGCAGACAAGCGGCAAGUUGUGGUCGGUGAACUACCCGGGACUCUACCCACGUUCACUCUACUGUGAAUACAUUUUUCACGGCAGUGACGACCAAAUCGUGCAUAUUCAUUUCGAGUACUUCGACAUCGAGGGUUUUAAUCAAUGUGACGAGACAACUCAAAGCGAUUUCGUGUUGUUCAGCAACUACCAAACACAUGACCGGACGAAUCGACGAUUUUGCGGAAAGGUUCCACCACCAGGUCCUGUACUGUCCGAAUCAAACUACUUUCGCAUGAUUUUCUCCAGUAAUGACAUUUUCGACGCUACUGGAUUCUAUGCUCAUUAUCAAUUUAUCACCCAACCAAAGGCGCAGAUUACCAGGGUGAAACUAACGUCAUCAUCAACAAAGCGAAUACUUGGGCUGUUCACUUCUAUCGUUGUAUUUCUAUCGUUAUUUGGAUUUUUGUAG